GGUCAUAGAUAACAGUGGUCGGCGUCGCGACUCGCGGCAAUGCAAAUUGCAAAUAUAAGUAUUAAAAACUAAUGCUUAUUGUAGUUAUUGCGUUAUUAUUAGUUAUAAACGAUUGACGAAAACCGGCGUACACGAUGAUCACCGAAAACGAAACGCCAGACGAUGCCCCCAAAAAAGCACUCAUUUACAUUUGUGGAGCGUGUCAGGCCGAAAACGAAAUGAAACCUAAAGACCCAAUCCGAUGCAGAGAGUGUGGUUAUCGAAUCAUGUACAAGAAACGAACAAAAAGAUUGGUCGUUUUUAAUGCUCGAUGAACAUUUUCCAGCAAUAUGAAGUGUACAGAAACAACGAUGAUAAGAUAUAAUAAACAAUUUUAUUUUUAAAAUUGUAUGUUUUAAUUUUGUUGUAUGAAAAUUAUAAGUGUUAAGAAGUUUUAUAACGUAC